CCGAGCAGGACCUGCACUCAGGCUGCAGUAACUUGUACUGAAUGUCAUAUUUCAAUGGUAUCUGUGGACUCAAGCCUUUGAACUCUUUUAAACCUGUCACUGGGCAGCUAAGGUUCCAGGUGUGUGCAUCCAGGCCCCCAGUCUGAAGCCCAGGAGUACCCAUGUGACAGUGUUAUGUUUUCCCUAGUGACCCCCCCCCCCAACCCCAGCACUCAUAUCCUCCACUCUCACUCCAGUUUAUUCCCAGCUCCAGCUGGUAUUUCCUGAAGUCUAUUGUGCUGCUGCAAGUUUAAUUCCCCUUUUCAGAGACCUCACUCUGCCCGUAGCUGAGGCCAUAGCGCUCCCUCCUUCUCUCCCUCUCAGUCUCUCGCUCCCUCUCUCUCUCUCCCGCCGCUGCGUAGCUGCUCAGGCAGGCAGUUUUCACAGCGCUCUCUCUGCGUGCGCGCGCGUGUGUGUGUGAGUGAGUGUGUGUGUGUGUGUGUGAGAGAGAUACGCGGCGCAGCGGGAGCUUCGGCUGUUCCUGUCGGAGACGUGGUCGGGGCGCGCGGCGGCAUGAUGGCAGAGUGCACUAUAGCCCCAGUGGCCAUGGAGGACACUGACCAUGAGGCUGACUUGCAUUCAGACGACCUGGACUCAGGCCCAGGCUCCCCCGAGCCCAGACAGGAUCACCAUGGCGACCAGGACCAGGACAAGGAGUAUGUGGGCUUUGCCACUCUGCCAAACCAGGUACAUCGCAAGUCCGUCAAGAAGGGCUUCGACUUCACACUGAUGGUAGCAGGGGAGUCUGGCCUGGGUAAAUCCACUUUGGUGAACAGCCUCUUCCUCACAGACCUCUACAAGGACAGGAAGCUGCUCAAUGCUGAAGAGAGGAUCACUCAGACUGUGGAAAUCACCAAGCACACGGUGGACAUCGAGGAGAAAGGAGUCAAACUGAAACUGACUAUUGUGGAUACACCUGGUUUCGGGGACGCUGUCAACAACACUGAGUGCUGGAAGUCGGUGGCAGACUACAUCGACCAGCAGUUUGAGCAGUACUUCAGGGAUGAGAGCGGCCUGAACCGCAAGAACAUUCAGGACAACCGCGUGCACUGCUGCCUCUAUUUCAUCUCUCCGUUUGGACACGGCCUGCGGCCACUGGACGUGGAAUUCAUGAAGGCGCUGCACGAGAAAGUCAACAUCGUGCCGGUCCUGGCCAAAGCUGACACCCUAACGCCCUCUGAAGUCAAGAAGAAAAAGCUCAAGAUCCGGGAGGAGAUUGAACAGUAUGGGAUUAAGAUCUACCAGUUUCCUGACUGCGAUUCUGAUGAAGACGAGGAAUUCAAACAGCAAGACCAGGAGCUGAAGGAAAGCAUCCCCUUUGCUGUGAUUGGCAGCAACACUGUGGUGGAGGCUAAAGGGAAGCGGGUUCGAGGACGUCUCUAUCCUUGGGGCAUUGUGGAAGUGGAGAACUCUGCGCACUGUGACUUUGUGAAGCUGAGGAACAUGCUGGUGCGCACACACAUGCAGGACCUGAAGGACGUCACAAGGGAGACGCACUACGAGAACUACCGCGCUCAGUGCAUCCAGAGCAUGACCCGCAUGGUGGUGAAGGAGCGCAACCGCAAUAAGCUGACCAGAGAAAGUGGCACUGACUUCCCCAUUCCCAUGGUCCCGGGGGUGACAGACAGCGAGACGGAGAAGCUGAUCCGAGAGAAAGAUGAAGAGGUACCACACUCAGAGGCAGAACCAGAGCAAGAGUCUGAACCACACCCAGAGCCACACCCAGACAUACACCCAGAAAUACACCCCGAUGCACUCUGUGGCCCAGGUCUAGAGCCCUGCCUUGACAUACUGGCCUCAUGAGUUUGCCAGUGCACAACCAAACUGCAAACAAUACCACUCCACAGCCACACCCCUAUGACACUGCCACACAGCUAC